GCAUUGGCAAACUGGUUAACAAGGAUUUUUCUCCAUCUAUUUUCUUUGCGGUAUUUUCUUGAGGGGAAUGUCAUCCCUUGAGUGGGAAUCCAAUACCCUUUUAUCCUACCCAAUGGAAAUGAAUACAUCCCAAGGAAACUGGGCGAUUGUUCACUUUCUUUGCCUUCUCCGAGAUUUCCAAAAGCAAUCCCCGUCAAACGACGGGAAAGAAUGGCAUUCUUGGAGCGGUUUCUGGGAUUGUGCAGCGGACCGUGUCCCUGCAGGGGACCGGUUGCCCCAUGAGAGAUGCCCAGUCCGAUCGAUGACUCAGGCUUACUCAUGGCGCAGUCAAGGCUGGAACAGAAUCUGCUCUGAAGAUUCGUCCGUUCACUCACACUCACAGAUGGUGAAGGCUCGGCCAUCUUACUACGGGAGUGAAUGCAGAAGGAUAUCGGGGAUGAACUAUGAUAACCUUAUGAGUCUCAAAAAAGAAAUAUCUUCUGACCCGUUGACGAUGUGUGGAGAUGAGGAUGGGUUCACACGCAUCAAUACCACAGCUGUGUUUGGAUGAUAGCCGAAGAAGACACUUUUCAAAGUUCACAUUUGGACAAGAUAAAAAAUAAUCAAGUUCAUUUGGAGUCAAACCUUAAUCCAUCAUCUCUAAUAAAUAUUUACUGGUGUGUUGACAUGUAUCGUGAAAUUCUUCAAAUGACAUGUUUUCCACCUGAUGAUAAUUACAUGUAUUAUCUUUUGGUUGACUCUACAUAAGUAUUUUAUAACCAUCACUAAAAUGGGAUUACUUUUUACCUCACAGAUAUCUUGCAAGAUGGAAACUUAAAAAAUAUUAAUAAGGUUUACUGUGUUAUAACCAUAGAGCUAUAAAUAUUGACUAGAGCGCUAACUUGAACUGCAUUUUGAAGCCACCCGGGGCGCAGACAAGUCUUCCUACACGGUUCAAGCAUACAGACAAUUUCCUGAAACUAUCCUCACAAAAUUAAGUUUCAAGCUCUGAAACCAAAACCUUAUGAAAACACGACACCUUCAUUUCUACAUCAAUUCACCAUCCGUGAUUUGACAAUCAAAGUCUAAUAACAAUUCAACAGUUUAAAGUCGUGAACUUGUACUAUAUGAAAAAAAUUUGACAAAAAACCGACAAACUGUCCGCUGGAGUGGACGAUCUGAUGAAACAAGAUCUCUCUCUUAAUUGAUUAAUCAUUUCCAAUUGGACAGAGUAUUUUCUAAAGUUACGUUUCAAAACAUCUUUUAAGAUGAUGGAUGGAGUUAAUGAAUUCCUGACAUGUCAAUGAAACAAAAUGUUUCAAAGAAUUCUCUGACUAGAAAAUACAAUUUGCAAUUGGCGAGGCUUCAUGGUGCACUUUCCUUUUAAUUCUCUGACUAGAAAACACAAUUUGCAAUUGGCGAGGCUUCA